AUGGACUCUUGCAACGAACUUAACAAACUCCAGUUGCAAGGAGAGACUCAUAACUACCCAAAAGAGCUAAAAUCUAGCUAUUAUCCUAAUGAUAGGACUCAGGUAGGGUUGCUUGGCAGUCUGCUUGUAGGCCCAGCAUUGGCAUUGUUUGCUCCACUCCUUGAAAAAGAAUCACUAUUGUUGAAAGAUUUUGAUUGUUUCAUUGGGGAGUUCAAAACUACCUUCGGGGACUCAGACAAGGUCAGAACAACAGCUACUAGAAUCAGAAAACUUACCCAGAAAUCUAAAUCAGCCUCAAGCUACACUUCAGAGUUUCAUCAAAUCUCUAGUAACCAUGAGUGGGGCGAAGCGGCAUUAAUCGAUCAAUUUCAAAUUGGGCUUAAAAACGAUGUAAAAGACCUAUUACUUACUAUGGAAGAUCCUACAUCAUUGAACAAUGCAAUAUCUAAGACAAUCAGUUUUACCCCAGAGCUAAUGCAAAUUGAUUCAACAAGGGCAAGGACUCUUUCAGAAGAAGAAAAGCAGAGACAACAGGCCAAUAAUCUUUGUCUAUACUGUGGCAAACCUGGGCAUAUAGCUAAGAAACUUAGGAAAAGAGAUGCCCCAACUGCAGUAAGAGGUUUGCAGUUGGAUAGCACUUGUAACAAAGGCCCCAAACAAAUAAUUCCUGAUACUUUAAUGAAUACUUUUGUUAUACCAGUAUCUAUACAACUUUUGAACAAAUCUAUGUUGCCUAUCAAUGCAUUAAUAGACUCUGAAGCUUUGGUUUGUUUUCUUGAUUAUACUUUGGCCCACAAAUACAACUUACCUAUCAAUACUAAAAGCACAUCGCUAUCUGUAGAAGUAAUAGAUAGAUAA